CCAGCACCGCGUUGGGGCGCGGAGGAAUGGGGUAAACGCGCCCUGCUCGGCGCUCGCUGCGGACCGGCACCUGGCACCGCGCUCCCAGAUCUGCAGAGCCUCCAUCUCGCCGCCGUCAGCUGAUUUACGUCUCGGUUCUGUGGUUCUUCCUUGUUGGUUUUUUUUUUCCCUCCCGACCGUGCAUCUUCAUCACCGAGGAGGAAAAACUUUCGGGGAGGGCUGGCUCUGAGUGCCCGCACGCCGCGGAGGAGAGGGGUGAGGCAGCGCGCGGGGCGAGCUUGGCGAGGCUGGCUCCAUGUAUCCGGAAUCCACCACGGACUCCCCGGCACGACUCUCGCUGAGGCAGACGGGCUCCCCCGGCAUGAUCUACAGCGCGAGGUAUGGGAGCCCCAAGCGCCAGCUCCAGUUCUACAGAAAUCUGGGCAAGUCUGGGCUGCGGGUAUCCUGCCUCGGCCUGGGGACAUGGGUGACAUUCGGAGGGCAGAUCACAGACGAGAUGGCCGAGCAGCUGAUGACUUUAGCGUAUGACAACGGCAUUAAUCUGUUCGACACGGCAGAAGUCUACGCUGCCGGCAAGGCCGAGGUUGUGCUGGGAAACAUCAUCAAAAAGAAGGGCUGGAGACGAUCCAGCCUGGUCAUCACCACCAAGAUCUUCUGGGGAGGAAAAGCAGAGACGGAGCGGGGUCUGUCCCGGAAGCACAUCAUUGAAGGUCUGAAGGCGUCGCUGGAGCGGCUGCAGCUGGACUACGUGGACGUGGUGUUUGCCAACCGGCCCGACCCCAACACGCCCAUGGAAGAGACGGUGCGCGCCAUGACCCACGUCAUCAACCAGGGGAUGGCCAUGUACUGGGGCACGUCGCGCUGGAGCUCCAUGGAGAUCAUGGAGGCGUACUCAGUGGCACGGCAGUUCAACCUGAUCCCACCGAUCUGCGAGCAGGCUGAGUACCACAUGUUCCAGCGGGAGAAGGUGGAGGUGCAGCUGCCUGAGCUCUUUCACAAGAUAGGUGUCGGUGCCAUGACCUGGUCACCGCUGGCGUGCGGCAUCGUCUCAGGGAAGUAUGACGGCGGCAUUCCUCCGUACUCAAGAGCAUCACUGAAGGGGUACCAGUGGCUGAAGGACAAGAUCCUGAGUGAGGAGGGCCGGCGGCAGCAGGCUAAACUGAAGGAGCUGCAAGCCAUCGCCGAGCGCCUGGGCUGCACGCUGCCACAGCUCGCUAUUGCAUGGUGCCUGCGCAACGAGGGCGUCAGCUCCGUGCUGCUGGGAGCCUCCAACGCCGACCAGCUGAUGGAGAACAUCGGAGCCAUACAGGUCCUUCCCAAGCUGUCGUCUUCCAUCGUCCAUGAGAUCGACAGCAUCCUGGGCAACAAACCCUACAGCAAGAAGGACUACCGCUCCUAGGCGCCCGGCACGCCGCCCCGCCGCCCGAUCGCUUGCUUACGCUUGGAUGAAGCAAAGUGGAGAGCGCGGCCCGCAUCAAGAACAGCACGCCAAGAGUGUAGAGAAACCGUUCCAAACGUCGCUGCAAGAGAACAUAACGCUUACUACAUAACAUUUACUUUGAAUGCAAGAAAGCCGCCGCCGGGGAGAGUGCUGGGCAGCGCGCGCCCGCGCCUGGACUCGGAGCCGCGGGGCGCACGGCCAGGCUCUGCGCUGCGCUGCGCUGCGCUGCUGGGGGCGUCCCGGCACCGUGCGGAGGACUCAGCCGGCGGGGGCCGUCCUGGGCGGCAGCCCUAGCCGUUGCAUGCGUCUCCCUGCUGCUUCUCUUCUUUACUUUGUGUUUCCGGACAAGGAGGCCGUUGGGUGCAGCUGUGCUCAGAGCACCGCGGGAGCGCUACGUGCGCAGGGCUGGGUGCUGGCCCGGAUCAGCGCCGGGGCUGUAAGAGGCUGCUGUGCGACACCACCAACAAAUCACCACCACCCCUCCUUCCAGCGCUCUGCUCUGCAGCCCCGGCACGCUGCGUCUGUGCCCUUGCCUGGGAUGGGCGUGAGGGAGGAGAAGAUGGGUGGGCAACGGGAACCCCUGGGCGGGGGGACUCCACACAGCCCCUCCCCAGGCAGCGCCUGUUGUCCCUCUCCCCGUGCAGGGGAAACAGCAAACGCUGCUGCGUGGAGGCAGGGAGGUGGAGCAGUGAAGGUGCGUGCAGGUGGGAUAGAGAAGGGAGAGCUGCCAUUUUUAUAUAUCUGCACAAACCACGCAGAAAUACACAUAAGCAGGUAUAUAGAAUUGCAUAUCUGCGUGCAUCUGUA